GGCCGUGGUCCUGGUUCCAUUCCUAUCCAUCGUGUGUUAGUUUCAAAGCUCCCGAACUGGUCACUACAGACUUGCCGAACCUUUCUCAACCACGGGACCGCAUCACGUGAAGUUGGACGAACCCCAAAACCAGUUUUGGCGUCCCACUGCCUUCUGCGUCAUUCCAGGUCACCGUCACUUGAACUUCAACCAAGUCUAUCCUCACAUACCCGCCCUCUAAUCAGGGCGUAGUCUCUGUAUAAUACCUGAUUAUGCAAAUUAAUCAAGCCCCGCAAGAAAACUACACUAUCCUUCGCAUCAAGCGGAAACGAAACGAGGAACCACUUGACGCACUCGUCGUAGAGUCUUCAAGACGGAAGAAGACAAAAGGAAAUACUAAAGACGAUGUGAGCGUGUUCCAGUUCGCCGAAACCGUGGAGCAGGGUGCGUUCGAGGAUGAGAAGCAGAAGCAGGAUCUCGAGAGCAGAAUAAGCAAGAUCGCCCGCGAGAAUGCACGCAAGGAAGCUCGCACGUCACAAACCCAACCGCCACCCAAGGCAACACGACCACCUUCCCCAGCCCAAACGCGCAGCCCGCGCGUGCCGCUCGCAGAGAAACAGCCAGUUGAAAAGCCGUCUCCGCGUGUGCCACCACGAUGUGAUGACCCUACAAGGAAGUACACUGUCGUGCCCGCCCAGAGCCCUGCUCUGCGUCCCUCGGAGUCCGACAAAUGGAAGCGGGCGAAGAGGGGCCGGCCCAUGGCACCGCCAAAGGUGCACUCGUACAAGGAUCUGCAAAAGGCGACAUUCACGAUGUAUGAUGCCAUCCCGUCUUCGUCAUCCCUCGCUUCCCUCGCCUCGCCCAAUCCGACUGCACAAGGUGGCGACCGCCCAGAUGUUGAUGCGGAAGUGGCCAAAUUUUUGCCUCUAUUACAGGAUUACCUGAAAAUCAGCGGAGAGGGGUCGCCUUCGGCUACCCCGUCAAAUUCAAACGCGAGCGGCUUGGCAAAUGAGGAAGAUGACUACGUCUGGGAUGUGUUCUAUUCGCGUCCCGCGUCAUACUGGGAGCUGUACGGCGACCAGCGGAAGGCCAUUGGUACUGUCACCGGCCUUCCUGAGGACGACAUGUACGGCUCUUCGGAUGAGUCGGAGCCCGAGGAUGAGGACGACGAAGACUCGAACGCCGAGGACUGGUACAAGAACGACUAUCCCGAGGAAGAGUCUGACCGCUCCGGUGCAGAUGACGCGAGCGAUGGCUUCCAUGAGCACUCGGACUUUGACGACGUCGUGCAUGAGCGCAGGCAGUGGGACCUUGGACUCGAAGACGACUCGUACAAGACGCUAUAGUUAUGGCAACAGAGAAAGCCACCACGACUAUGGCCAUUUAUCUCCAGCAUGUUCUCGACGUGGUAUACGGUAUAAGACUUCUAGUUGUAAUUUCGUGAGCAUUUGUACAUCAGUCCCGUACCGUCAAUUCAUCCACUUUAUAGACUUGAGCAUCGCAUGGCUUGUAGGUAUCGCUCCAAGGUGGAAAAGGGGCUGAUGAAUGCAACCUCGUCUUCCUACAAGCUCUAACAGCGACACAUGGAAUGCAUGGGCAGAUGUACGGCGCUCUCUACCAUCUCAAUAGUGUCAUGAUUCAGAUCUCGUCUGACUUCGAGCUCCUCAUCGACGGCAGACGGACUGGCAUACCAUUGUACUCCGUGUUCAAAACCAGCCGAUAUCCGGCCCACUACCUACUCUGGCCAGCUCCUCAAACCCUCUAGAAUACGCCUUUGGUGUGUACGCCGCAUGGGAUGGAGAAACAGGUGGUUGUCUCCCAGUCCUCGACGCAGAUACCUAGUACCGCAUCAUUUGCGACGACGGAUGAGUCGCUCACCUUUAGGCCCCUCACAAUGCGGAUGCGCAGGCGACGACAUCACUUCCCUGGCUUCUGCAUCGCGCGUGGUCUGUGUACUAUAUAGAGGACGGCUGGGUCAUCUCUAAAGUCCCAUCCAUACGUACGCGGCUAUGUUGGGUACAAUUAGACUUCCCGGGGUUGACCAGGUACUUGAAAAGCCUGCACAGCGGCGAUAUGCAGUAGUGUAUAGAGCGCAUUGGCUGUACC